AUGAAAAACGGUGAAUUACUUAGAUACCUGUUGAUGAAACCGCGCACGGAUUACAUCAUUCAGCUGUUGACAAAAUCAUCGUCGUUCAUAGAAAAGCAAAUCUUUUCUGUUGAAACGUCAAAAAUCCCUGAAAUAUUUCUCAAGAAACUUCUUCAAGCGAACAAACAUGCAAACUUAAAUGAAGAACCACCAAUAAAAAAUGUUGCUGGAAUGUCCGGAGUAAAUGAAGAAAAUUAUAAGAAGACGUUAGAAAAGCCUUUCAAGACUUUGGCCAGUGAACUUUACUGCCAUCUCCUUUGA